AUGAGAAGAUUUCUUCGGAAACUGCGCGAGAAAAUAGUAUCAAAGGACUUGCCGCCACCCUACAGUGUUAACGAGGAGAUCCCGGAAAAUGAAAAUAAUGGACGGCAUGAGCAGGGCCCUGCAACUCCAACCCCAGUACACGAAGUAAUAGAUCUAUUAGCGAACUGCGACAUAACAAAUAGUUGCAACUUUUCGGAAACAGAAUACGCGGAGAUAGGCAACAUGGGACUAUGGCAUUCAACACCACUACCACACCACAAAUCCAAGGUAUCCCUAACCUGGGUUUUGAAGGAGAACCUAGAGAAGUUUCAAAACGAAAAGUCCAGGUCCACAGAAAGAGAUAGAAGAAGCAAGAGUAGAGAGAAGAUCGUGAGAAACGAUUGGUCCAAUCGUAGAUUUAAGAGUGCGUGUGAUGAGUUUAACGGGGUCUACUCGUAUUCGGACUCUAGUGAUGAGACGGAGUAUGUUCGGAAGAAGCAUAGACACAGGCAUAGAAGAAAGAAGAGGCGGCCAAGGUUUGGAUACGAUAUAAGGGAUUUGGACAGCUUUUUGAGUGAGGCUACAUUAGACCGCCCAGGUAACAUACCAGUAGUGAUUGCGUUUCCGACCACCCUGUACCAAACGCAAAAGAACUUACAACGCGAGCUACCUCUGCCACUAGGAACAGUUGUGAACGCGGUGUUUAAAAACCAGCAAUGGCUAUAUGCGCAGACGCCUCAUGGGGAUGAAGGCUAUGUACUGUACACGGCGUGUCUUCCUUUGGGUAUUUUGCCUUCAAGAUCUUCCCUCCAAAAGAAGACGCCAUGUUGGGAAAGCAGCACAGAUAUCUACCCUCAACCAUGCGGGAACCUAACAGAUACAGAAAAGGAGAAUUUACGCAGCAGACCACGCUCAGAAUGCAGUUACAAACGGAAUGAAUACAAACGGUGUGCGGAAAAGGACUUUGACCACUUAUACUUAAAAACUAAAUCGGCUGAUAUUCUGGAGCGUAGGAGAUUACUGGUAGUGAAUAGUGAUUAUAUAGGGAGUGCAUUAAACAAAACAUUGACUGUCUAUAAGGGUGAUGUCGUGACUUUAGUUCCUGGGAUGGUAGAAAGUGAUGUGGACAGUGAGUGGUUUUAUGUGAAGAAACGUGAUGGUAGCGAAGGUUUUAUACCGGCUUCUAUCACUGGACAUGGCUAUAUUUAG